AUGGCAGUUUCUCAGUGGCUCCUCACUUCUGCACUCUUUCUGUUGCCCUUCGUAACAGAGGUUUCAGCACAGCAACAAGGAUGUUCUGUCAAUAAUAGCAGACCAAGCAUUUACGAAAAUAAGCCUCCUGGCUAUGUGGUGACCACUAUCCAUCUGGAACCAGACUUCACUGUAAUGAUUAAUCCUAAUAUCCUCGAUGCCAGUUUUUUCACUAUACAGGGGUCUCGCCUGCAGCUGAGCCAAAGUGUGGACUAUGAGAAAAACACCUUGCUGAUGGUGUCCCUGAUUUGUCGGAACACUGCUGGGCAGAGCAAUGAUUUGGAAAUUCAUGUGACCAUUCUCAACGAGAAUGACAACAGCCCAGUCUUUAUGCAAACAAAUCUCACUAAAGUUGUUCCUGAGGAUACAAAAGUGAAUGCAACCAUUUUAGCCCGUGAAAAUUUAAGCGCUAGUGAUGCUGACCUGGACAUCAUAUUUUAUGAACUCACAACAAUAGUGCCGGGCACAGAUGGUUAUUUUGCCAUAAAAGGAGUUAAUAACCCAGAAAUUUAUUUACAAAAAGCAUUGAACUAUGAGAAAUUUAAUUCGACAACGUUGGUCUUGUAUGCAAGGGACAGGCCUGUGGGCAGCACCGACGCAACCAACACAGCCAGCACAACUAUAAACAUAUUUAUUGAACAAGCUGACAACAGAUCACCCAGGUUCCUACCCUGUAACUUCGUUAACAUGGACAAAAGCAUUUGCAUCAGCAGCCCUUAUAUUGGGAGGGUCAAUAUCUCGGAGAUGUCGACGGAACCACUCAUCCUGGAGCCAGGGCCUAUCUAUGCUAUUGAUCCUGACUACUCUUUAAAUGAAAAAAUUGUGUACAGUAUUGUUGAUGGGGAUGCAGACCAAGUAUUCUCAGUGGAUGCAGACACAGGAAAUCUAACUAUGAACAAACCAGCAACUUCCCUAGACUCAUACCUAUUGCAAGUCAUGGCAACCCAGGCCAACAACAUACAGAAAUACUCCAUAGCCAGUGUACAGAUUAAGGUCAUCAAGAAAAGUAAUUAUGCACCAUACUUUGAGAGCAAGCGCUACAAUGGGAGUGUAUUUGCUGGUCUGGAUGCAGGAAGCUUUGUCUUCCAAGCUGGUGGUGAUCAUUCAACACCCCUGAGGAUAACAGCAAUGGAUGAUGAUUUCCCUAAUAAAUUCAAUCCAAACACUGAGUACUACAUAAAAAACAGCACCGACUUCAUUGCAACCAGAGAUGGACUCAUCUUGACAAACGUGAUGCUGCAGUCACCACAAACUGUAAUCAUUGAGGCUAUUGGAAAAGAUAUGGAGAGCCUGCAGGAGGCGAGCACUAUAAUCAGGGUGGAUGUAAUCCUUCCCACAGUUGUAACCCCCUCUGAUAAGAUAUACACUGCUCAGGAUAUGGCUAUCUUAGGUGGUACAUUAGCAGCACUGCUAUUAAUUGCCUUAGUCUUCCUUGGAGUGAUGAUAUAUAAACAGUAUGGAAAACCAGUCAAAUACCUAAUAAGGAAAAAGUUCUCCAAGGAAGUCUCUGGAGGUUGCCAGAACCAAUCUUACAAUCAAGAUGAACACGAAAAUCUGAGCACCCAACAGCACAAGACAUCAGAAAAUGGCAGUGUCCAGUCGCUGACACAUGUGCUAGAGCAGCCAGCGCUUUCCUUGCCCUCUUCCAAUACAGAAGAAAUUGAUAGCCUCCCAAAGGCUUCUAUAGCUUCCACCAUCAUCUUUGACCAGGAAGAGAAAGAGGAAGAAAUGGAAGAAGAGACUGAGCAUGAGAAAGAAGUGAAGUCUAUCCUCAAGACAGACAGGAACAUGGCAGAUGAUGGCUACAAAGCUGUGUGGUUCAAGACUGAUGUGGAUCCAGAUGCUGGAGAGAGGGUUGAAGUGAUUGAGGACAAUGUAGCAGACGACGAUGAUGACAGUGACCAAGAUCUGCAGAAGAAUGAAGAUGAGGAGGAGGAUGAGGACAAUCACCACAGAGGGCUGGGAAUGUCCUUUGCCUCAGAGAGCUCAUCACUCCCAGCUGCAGAAGUGGUAGUUGACUUUUCUCAUGUAAAUGCAGUGACAGAAGAUGACAGUGACAUAUAA